UUAGUUAAACUUACAAUGUUAGAAUUAACCGAUAUAUUUGUUGUCUCAGCUUCAGUAUUAAUAAUUUUAGUAAUAAGGAUAUUAGAUAAAAAUCCAGCGCCCAUAUUAGGAAUCUACCAGAGACCCAACGGCUUGUACUGGGUUAAAGUAUGUUUUAUGUAUUCAGUGUUGUCCUUGAGAAAGCUCUUGAAAAAAGAUGACAAAUCGAAAUACUUGGACAUAGAAAAACCGCAAAAGUUGUCUCACCAUGAAAAGGCUAUUGACGCAAUAUACUUGAACGGUGCGAAUAAGCAAGGAGACUACCUCGUAGUUGGUACUGCGCGUAGGAAAAAUUUACUAGUAGAUGGUUUCCUCUAUCUUAAAAUUAAUGAUAGCAAUUUGGGGGUAUUAGAAAGUCCAAAACUGCCUGGAACUGCUCUCUAUAAGACUGACUAUUCAGAGGAAUAUUCCGCUGAAGGUAUCGAAAUUACGCCGGUAGAACCAAUGAGGAAAUGGCGGUUGACUUUUAGAGGAAAGAUGAAGGAAAAUGGUGACAGAAACAAGGUACACGAUGUCAGCAUCGAUGGCAUAUGGAGUUCAGAUCUGCCUUACUUUAAUUUUGAUAAUGAUAUGGAUCCUCUUUGCAUGGCAAAAUCUAUGGCGUACGAGAAAUUCAGUCGAACAUAUUUCAAUGUUUUAAAUGC